AUGGAGUCGAAGGGCGGCAAAAAGAAGUCUAGUAGUAGUAAGUCAUUAUUUUACGAAGCUCCCCUCGGUUACAGCAUUGAAGACGUCAGGCCUCACGGUGGAAUCAAGAAAUUCAGAUCAGCUGCUUACUCUAACUGCGUCCGCAAGCCAUCCUGA